AUGUCACCCUCACGGAACCAUCACGGCUGGUCCUACCAACAAGUCGCAGCAGCCUCAUUCCUUAAGGCAUUCCUACGCACCUUCACAACCCUGCGCAUCAAAUGGCCUUUAUCACUAAAACCACAUCAUGAAUCAACCCGUUUCGUGGUCAUUGAUCCCGCCACACCGGACCUCUACUCCGGCGUCGCAACCGACAAGCAUAUCAAACCGGACCGAAUCGGCGGCACGUGGUAUCCCGAGCCCUAUACGCCGCAGACCUCGCUCAGGGAGAACCAACACGUCGUCCUGCACUUCCACGGGGGCUCGUAUAUUCUCGGCGACGGCCGGACCUCGUCAUGCGGGUUUCUCGCCAAGUCCUUCCUCGAGUAUACACCCACCCGAUUCAUUCUUUGCCCGCAGUACCGCCUUGCCACGCACCAUCAUAGCCGCUUCCCCGCACAACUCCAAGACGCUAUCACAUCGUAUUUCUAUCUUCUACAUACACUGCGCAUCCCUGCAUCGCAAAUAAUCCUAAGCGGCGACAGUUCAGGUGCACACCUCGCCCUAGCAUUACUGCGCUACAUCAACGAAUUCAACAACACAGACUUCCUCCCCGUCCCGAAAUGCGCCUGGCUCUGGUCUCCCUGGUGCGAUGUCCCCGCGGCCGUGAACGCCAGUGCAUGGACGCGCAGCGAGAAUUACAAAACGGAGUACAUUCCCGGUUCGUUCCCUGCGUGGGGGGCACGGUCGUUUCUCGGCGAUUUGGAGAUCACGGAGCCCGUGGAGCGAUAUUUGGCGCCGUUGUGGCAUCCGUUCCGUGUGCCUUGUCCGGUGCUGGUGGGGACCGGGAAUCGGGAGGUUUUGUUCCAUGAGCAUGAGAGGUUGGUGGAGGUGUUGGGGGAGUAUGUAGAUAGGGAGUUUGAGCCGGGAGUGGAACUCGUGGUGGCGGAUAAGGUGCCGCAUGAUGUUUUUAUGAUAGGUUGGAUUAUGGACUUUAAGGAGGAGGCGAGGGAUUGUGCGGUGAGGGCGGGAAAGUUUGUAGAUAGAAUAGAGUGUAGUUAUGGGUAG